AAUAUGACCAAAAAGUAUUAAAAAAAAACUGGCGCGCUUGGCUCAUCUGGUUCUUCUACCUAGGCCUUAGCAUUUUUCUUUCAUAAUUUCGGUUCGGCUGAAGAUCAAAAUUUUUCUUUAACAAUUUCGCAAUGCAAAGCACGACCCAGCAAUGCGCCAUGGAAAAUUUCUCCUCACCAAAACCCCACCACCACCAACAACAAACAGCCUAUCUAAAAUGGGAGACCUGCUCCUCAUUGCCUCUCUCACCAAAACCAUCUCGGAGUCCGGCACUCGCAACCUCGACCCUUCCUCCAUUCCUCUCACCCAAUCUCUCCUCCUCCAAAUCCUCCACUCCAAUUCUCUCCACCCCUCCAACAAAAUCGACUUCUUCAUUUGGUGUUCCUCUUCUCUCAGACAUUUUUACAAACACUCCGCAUGCGCUUACUCUCACAUUCUCCGCAUCGCUUGUCUCGGUAAUGAACACCACCACAUCCCCACUCUGUUGCUCUCCAUGAAGCAAGACGGCGUCGUUGCUGACUCCGCCACUUUCAAGUUCUUGCUCGACGCCUUUAUUCGCUCCGGUAAGAUCGACUUCGCUCUUCAGAUUUUGGACCAAAUGGAAGAGCUUGAAGUUGAGCUAGGUACCACGAUUUUCGAUCCCCACAUGUAUAACACCGUUCUCGUGGCUCUGCUUAGGAAAAACCAACUGGGUUUGGCUUUGUCAAUCUUCUUUAAGCUUCUCGAAGCUUCAGCUUCUUCGGUCCCUAGCUCUAUUGCCUGUAACGAAUUGUUAGUCACUCUUAGGAAAGCAAACAUGAGAGUGGAAUUCAAACAAGUGUUUGAUAAACUUAGGGACAAGAAUGGGUUCGAGUUUGAUACUUGGGGUUACAAUAUAUGCAUUCAUGCAUUUGGGUGUUGGGGUGAUUUGGUUACCUCUUUAGGCCUAUUCAAAGAAAUGAAGGAAAAAACAUCACUGGGUCCAGACUUGUGCACUUACAAUAGUUUGAUUCAUGUUCUGUGCUUGGUUGGGAAGGUGAAGGAUGCACUAAUUGUUUGGGAGGAAUUGAAAGGGUCUGGUCAUGAGCCCGAUAAGUUUACGUAUCGAAUAAUGAUUCAAGGGUGCUGUAAAUCUUAUCGAAUUGAAGAUGCCGCCAGGAUUUUUAAUGAGAUGCAGUAUAACGGGUUUAUCCCGGAUACUGUUGUGUAUAGUUCACUGCUUGAUGGGAUGUUCAAGGCGAGGAAGGUCACAGAUGCCUGCCAACUGUUUGAGAAAAUGGUUCAAGAUGGGGUACGAGCCUCGUGUUGGACAUAUAAUAUUUUGAUUGAUGGGUUGUUUAGGAAUGGGAGGGCUGAGGCUGGUUACACCCUGUUUUGUGACUUGAAGAAGAAGGGUCAGUUUGUGGAUGGUGUUACUUACAGCAUUGUUGUGUUGCAACUUUGUAGGGAGGGUCUGCUUGAGGAAGCGCUGAAAUUGGUGGAAGAAAUGGAGGGCAGAGGAUUUGUUGUUGAUUUAGUUACUAUUACGUCGCUCUUGAUAGGGCUUCAUAAGCAUGGGCGGUGGGAUUGGACAGAGAGACUUAUGAAGCACAUUAGGGAUGGUAAUCUGGUUCCUAAUGUUCUUAAAUGGAAGACUGAUAUGGAGGCUUUGAUGAAAAAUCCACAGAGCAAGAGGAAGGAUUAUACGCCAAUGUUCCAAACUAAAGUUGACUUUGGUGAGAUUAUGGAUUUAAUAAGUUCUGCAGACAAUGUGGUGGAUGCAAACUUUGUUUCAGAUGACCCUGGAAUUAGUGAUGAAGAGACUUCAUCCAGUGACAUUGAUCAGUGGUCAUCUUCCCCUUAUAUGGAUCAAUUAGCCAGUCAAAUGAAGUCUGCUGAUCAUUCCUCUCAACCAUAUUCACCAUCUAGGGGGCAACGAGUUCAGCCCAAAGGGAUGGGCUCGUUUGAUAUUGACAUGGUCAAUACUUUCUUGUCUAUACUCCUGGCCAAGGGAAAGUUGAGUUUAGCCUGCAAGUUGUUUGAAAUUUUCAGUAAUAUGGGUGUCAACCCUGUGAGCUACACUUACAAUUCUAUUAUGAGUUCAUUUGUCAAGAAGGGAUAUUUUAAUGAGGCAUGGGGUGUCCUCAAUGAAAUGGGCGAGAAGGUUUGCCCGGCAGACAUAGCGACAUACAAUGUGAUAAUACAAGGCUUGGGGAAGAUGAGAAGAGCAGAUCUAGCUAGUGCUGUUCUGGAUAAGCUAGUUAAGGAUGGUGGUUAUCUUGACAUAGUUAUGUACAACACCCUGAUUAAUGCGCUUGGGAAGGCCCGCCGGAUUGAUGAAGUAAACAAGCUCUUUGAGCAGAUGAGGACUAGUGGAAUAAAUCCCGAUGUUGUUACUUUUAACACACUUAUUGAAGUUCAUAGUAAGGCAGGUCGAUUGAAGGAUGCAUAUAAAUUUUUAAAAAUGAUGCUGGAUGCAGGCUGCUUGCCAAACCAUGUUACAGACACGACUUUGGAUUUCCUGGGAAAGGAGAUUGAGAAAUUGAGGUACGAAAAGGCAUCAAUCUUGAGAAAUAAGGAUGAUUCUUCUUGAGGAAAUAUUCUGCAGAUAAGACUGGUUAAAGCUUAAUAAGAACUGUUGUACUAGUUGCAAAAGAAUAAUUUCAGCUUAUUGUACUUAUUUUCUUGUAGUAUGAGUGUGUGAGAUACAGUUGUUCAUUAGGUGCCCUUUUGGCCCAUAUUCAAAACAAAAUUUCUCAUAAUUAUGCUUGAUUUCGCAUUGGGUAGCAUACCAAAUAAAUUUUCUGGUUAUUGAUUUCA